AUGCAGCUAAUGCCGGGGGGCCACGUUGGCUGUCACCGUCGCUGUCGCUCGACACCUCAAACUGCUGUAGCCGAUGACAUGCCGCCACCAAUCCACACGCCGCAAACCCCCCAUCUCCCGACCCUCCUUGGCGCGGGCCCGCCUUCGAGAAGCUGCCUGCUGCAAUGCCACACCGCACGCAUCUGCUCACUGUGUAGAUCCAGCCUCCACUCUCCAGUCUUGAGUCUGACAACACAGCAGACACAUGCCGCUAGCCAGGCCGAAGACGCCUCUGCUCAUCGCCGCUCGCUCACGCCCACGGCAUCGGCAUCGCCCUCGCCCUCG